CUCCGAUGGUAUUAAAGCAGCCGAGACGGCUCCUUUCCACCAUCCAUUCACCUCUAUCAUGUCUGAAUUGGACUUGUCCGACUCAGACUGGCUCGAAGUAUCCAGCAUCCACAGCUCUGACAACGAUUCCCUUAGCGAUAGCUCACGAUGCAGCGAACGCGGCGGUCUUGCGUCGCUGCCACUGUCCCGUCGCUCGUCCAUAAGUCUCGGGAGUUCUGCUGAUGACCAGAUCGAUGCAUGGGAGGGCUUUGUAGAGGAAGGAGGCACAGCCGAUAGCCCAGGACCAAGCUCGGAGACACUACCCGUGACGGAGCUCAUCCAUGAUGACCACGACCCCCUGGUUACCGCACUCGACCAGAGCCUCGUCGGCACUCUGAGUGCUUCACGAUCCAGCUCCCUCGGUGCCUCUUCCACUGUUCAGAACUCCCUCCGUGAUCUGAGGUUAUCGUUUCCCGAUCCUCUCACCAGUUCCCGCGAUGAACUCCAGCGCUCGUACGAGACGGUGCCAUCCCCCGAUAUCUGUAUCACGGACGAUGUUCCCAAUUCGCCGAUGACCACAGUACUCGGGAAGGAUGUUGAUUUCACUGCCGCCGGAGAUGCCCGCGAUUAUCAUGUCGCUCCCGAUGUCCAAGUCAUUUCCCUCAAGGAAUACAAUGUUGUGCUGUACGGCGCGCAUGACUUCGGCACUUUCAUUUCAUGGCUUCUCUCCGUUAUGGGUGUCCGCGAGGGUGCAGAGCGGUCGGUGGAUAGCAUCGCUUUCGACCCGAGUCCUAGCGUCGAAAGGCCUUCGAUCGGUAUCUUAUCUCUCCAUUCUUCAUUCUCCCGCAGUCUUCCUUUGCAUUCUCUCUAUAUUCCCGCUAUAUUUCCCGCCCAGAGCGACGAGGAUCUUCUCGAGCUUCACUCGAAAGCCGUCACGCGUUGGGGAUCUCUCAGCAUCCCCGAUUCACAUAUCCUCAGGCUCAUAGACGCAGAGGGAGCUCAGAUAUUCGUCGAUACCCCCAUUUCUCGACAGUCUGUCCAUUCUGCAUCUGUCCAGCGCCAACUCGAGCAGAUGGUGCGGUCACCUCCGAAGAAAGGACGGAAAGGGUUCGAACAAUUGAAACCAGCGCACGGAGUGACAUUCGUGGCUCUGCUCUCGUUAAUCAUGGGCUUUGCAGUCCAUACGGCCUGGCGCACAGCCCAUCCUCCGAGUCCAACAUCGGUUGCGACCGCAGUCCUUCCUGUGCAACCCACGUCUACGAGCUACUACCUCCCGGUCGACUCGCAGCCCCACUCGUCCCUAUCUCGAGCAGCUGCACCUAUGAUCACGACCGCGCUAGUGCCUUCGACUCUGAAGGAGUUUGCGCUGGCAGUCUUCAAUCCUCCGAUUCAAUUUGCGUCCUUGUCUUCUAGCGCAGCUAGUUCAAUGCCUAGCAAGUCGGCGACCAUACGUCCUGUAGCGUCGAAGGGGGCUCAGUCCACCACCGACGUGAUCUUGCGUCCUUCGACCUCGUUGGCCAAAGUUGUCAACUCUAAAUCCGUCCAGACUUCUACGCCGCCCAGCUCUCCUCUUUUACUCGACGCGCCGCAGGUGGCAGCUUCUCUGAGCCUCAGAGUGGCCGGUUCCUUGUCCGAGAUUGCGACUGCGGCGAUGAAAGCUCUGGAGGAAAUCGUCGGUCCCGAGUUCGGAGAGAUUGUCUUGGCCAUCGACGAUCUCAUGCGUGCUAUCGGACGGCAGACUACUGCUAUCGCACAGACUUCGAGGGCCCGGGCCCGGAUGCUGCGCCAUGUGCUCUCCCAGCGAAACGAACGGGCCAAAGGCAAAGCACGGCAGCUCAGUCAGACAUUGGUUUCGACUGUCGGGAUCGAGCUGAGGGCUCGAGCUGAUCUGGCAAGGAGCAGAGCACAUAUGAUCAAACACAAUUUCGUGGAGUCUGGUCUCUGGCGUUCCUAUAUCCAGGCUCAUGGAAUGUGGUCUGACAAGCUCCAUGUGAGCCAGCCGCGAUCUGAGCGACGCCGAGGUCCUACUUUUGCUCGGCACCAGAGAGAAAGGCGCUGACCUCCAUGUGAUAUGAUCUCCGUUAGUACGAUAGGUAGGUAGACAAUGUAUGUUAUGUGUAUGAAACUAUGAAUUGUAUGGUCAUAUGGAUAUCGCACUGAAUUAGGUUUAUCCAUGACUGGCACCGCCUCCGGGCUUAACGUGUGUCAGACCUAGUCCUUCGCCAUCACAGUCAUUCAGUGUCGAAUCGUCCAUUAUAGAUAGAUUGGACGGUUUCACUCUCGAUGAUCAAUUCAAGCACCCAUGGCGCACGUCGCAUACCCCUCCACGCCCAACUUCAAAAACUGCAAAUCGAACUACGAUCGGUCCAAAGCAGCAGCCAAUGAUUUGUCAGUAACGCCCGACUCAGAGUCUUCGACCGACUUGCUGCCAAAGCGACAUCCAUCGAGAGGGACAUUCCUGGGGACUGUGAAGCUGCACGGAACGAACGCUACUAUUGUGUUCUCCCACGGCAGCAAAACACCGCAGAUUCAAGCACGCUCGUGGAUCAUACAAAGCACAUCGAAGGACAACAGCGGGACGUUUGCCUUGCUGUCAAAAAUCCCACUUUCUCAGCUGGUCGAUCAGAUUCUCGCUGUGCAAGGCUGUGGAAAUGCGUUUGAUGAGAUCUAUGUGUGCGGAGAGAUCGCCGGGAGGGGUGUUCAGAGAGGGGUCGCUAUCACCCAACUGGAGUACAAGUCUUGCGCCCUCCCGGGCUACCGGCUGUACAAUAUCGCACAGUACAAGACUUUCGAGAUCGACAUCGAUUUCGACUCGGAGGAAUCCACGACAGAAGCCAACACCCUCAUGAAUGAGCUCACCGCAGAGGUCUGCGCCCAAUGCCCGUUCGCAGGGGCGUUCGAGAAAGAUGGACAGCAGAUCGUCGGUGCCGGAGAAGGGAUUGUUUGGACAAUGGUGUCGAGCGGGACCGACGAGUUCGACGACACAUUGCUUGUGAACUUCAAGACCAAGGGCGACCAGUUCAGCACUGUUUUGCGUCCUCCAAAGAACAAAAAGUCGCUUGGCCUCGAGCUUCCAGAAGCGUGUACGGAGUUUGCGGACUAUGCCCUUGGAGAGCGACGAAUGGAGCAGGGAAUCGAAUACCUAGAGGGCGAACAGGCCCGCCAAGGCCUCCCGAUCGCUGGCAUCGACAUCAGACUGAUUGGGCCGUUUAUCAAGUGGGUCGUUGACGAUGCGAUCCGUGAGGAGAGAAAUGAGAUGGAAAGGCUAUCGAUCGAAGAGCGAGACGCGAAGAAGGUGCUUGGGGCCCGAGUGCGAGCCUGGUAUAUGCGCAAGUGCAACGAAUGA